AUGAGUCAUCAUCGAAAUUCAGCGGCACUGCCAUCACUGUCGUCGUCGUCUUCUUCUGGUAACGCCCAUCGAGGACAACCGGUUGGGUAUCAUCUACUGGAUUCCAUGAUAGACGAAGAAGAAGAAGAAGAAGAGAACACACAUCAGGAUGAAUAUGAGGAUGAUUCCUCUUCUUCCGAAGAAGGAGAAGAAGGAACAGUGGUUGUGGACGGUUUGAUGGAUGAUGAUGAGAAGGCUGUCGUUCUGGGAAGAGCUGCCUCAGGAGCUGCUACUCAUUCAUUGUCAUUAUCAUCGGAUCACACAAAUCACAGAUAUGAGACUACGAGAGACGAAUCUUCAAUGUCUUCUUCUUUAUCAUCUGCUGAGCCCUCCACACCAUCAACACCAACAACAUCAACCAUCACCACAACGCCCAGCAGUACAUCAGAGAAAAGUCCUUCCACAAAAUCAGAUGACAACGAUCAAACCAACAAAUCUUCCCCUGAAACCUCAAGAAUAAUGUCUUCUUCAAGAAGAGGUCGAGCACCGAUUAUUAGAGGUACUCCUCCUGCUUUUCCUUCAAGUUCUACAGAGCCAGAAACGAAAGCUGUGACGUCAUCACCUAGUAUUAUAACUCCAAAUGGUCAUUCCACAGAAGAAAACAGUUCUGUGGCUCAGGACUCAUUGAAAGAAGCAACUGAUGAUAAAAAAUCAACAGUUUUGGAUGUUGUCAAUGAUGAAGAAGCUUUAUUGAAAUUAGCUCAAGAGAGAAACAAAAAUAGGAAACGAGCAAAUCCAAGAGCAUCAACAAGACACGACACACAAUCGACAGCUCCAGAAGAGAAUGAUUGGUUGAAAGUUGGUUAUUGUGAGUUCCAAGGGUCAAGACCAUCUAUGGAAGAUGCACUACAUUGUGAUGUUUCUUUUAGAAAAUUUGAAACAAGUGAAGGAACACGUCAUGAAACAUUUAUUGGAGUUUUUGAUGGUCAUGGAGGUUCCUUAGCAUCAAAGCAUGCUUCUACUAUUUUACAUACUAUUUUCUUGGAAAAAUUAACAAAAUAUGAAAAUUUACUUUCGAGAUAUUAUGAAUCAGCACCCGGUAGAGAAGCAUUAAAGCAAGAGGCAAAAAGUUUAACCUCAAAGCUUCUACAACACUUAAAGGAGAAAGAAUUACAACAAACUCUUUCUGAGGAGCAAGCUGUUGAAUAUUUCGAUAUUUUGUCUUUGUCACCAGUAGAUGCAAUGCAUUUAUUAAUAAGAGAAUCAUUUUUAGAGACCAAUGAAGCUGUUUGUGAAAAAAACAGCAUAGAUGGUACAACAGCUACAUUGGUUUAUAUUCCAACGAUUGACUCAAGAUUUUUAUUUGUAGGAAAUGUAGGAGAUUCGAAGGUGGUACUUUGCAGAGAUGGUAAGCCAAUUGUUCUAACGGUAGACCAUAGACCCACUGAUUCUGACGAAAGAAGACGUGUUAGAGAUGCUGGAAAAUCCAUCAUUAACAAUCGUAUCAGUGCAUGUUUGGCUGUCUCAAGAUCGAUUGGUGACAAAACAUUCCAACCUGGUGUCAUUUCAGAUCCACAUACUCAAGCAAUUAGACUUUGUGAUAAGGAUGAGUUUGUUAUUGUAGCUUGUGACGGUAUUUUUGAUUUCGUUUCUGAACAAGAGGCAAUUGAUGAGAUUAGGAAUGAAUUGGAUCCAGUAGCUGCAAGUUUGAAAUUAAGAGAUUAUGCAUACAAUAAGAAAGGUAGUAAUGACAACAUAACUGUUGUCGUUGCAAGACUGAAAUCUGUGUUAGCAUAA